GUACAAAAAAAAUUCAAAUCUAAUUAACAGUAAUAUCUGUUGGUGGUUGAAGUUUAAUAAAGAAACAAACUUAAAUUUGUAGUCUAAUAGAAUGGAAAAAUUGCAUGAAUAUCAAGGCAUAGCAGGUCGUUUACAUCAAUGGAGGGACAGCUUUAAAGAAACUUAUAAUAAGUUUAAUGAGGAUUAUUUGAACAAUUUUACGGAACAAAUUCGAAGCACAGUCAGCAGUCAACUUAAAGGAAACGCUAAAGCUGGAAGUGACUUUUCUCAUAUAUAUAGAAAAAAGUCAAGAGCUGAAUUGGUUCGAGUUUCUGCUGCUGUUAUGGGAAUUGAGUUUUCAUAUGCAGCGGAGACUGCUUUUGUCUCUCCAACUCUUCUUAAAAUUGGAGUUAGACAUCAACAGAUGACUUUGGUAUGGGCAUUAUCUCCACUUGUAGGAUUCUUCGUAUGCCCUAUUUUGGGAUCGCUAUCUGAUCGAUGCAAAUUGAACAUGGGUCGCAGAAGGCCGUUUAUUAUUCUUUUGUCAAUAGGAAUAGUAAUUGGACUUAUUUUAGUACCCAACGGAGAAUGCUUGGGGUACUGGCUUGGAGAUGUGAAUCAAUAUUACCAUGAUUCCAAACUUAAAAACUCGUAUUCUCAUCCUUGGGGAAUAUUUUUUACUAUUUUGGGAACCGUACUUCUCGACUUUGAUGCAGACGCAUGUCAAAGCCCUGCUCGUGCUUAUCUCUUAGAUGUAUGUGUUCCUGAGGAUCAUGCAAAAGGUCUAUCAACAUUUACAGUUAUGGCCGGACUAGGUGGAUUUUUCGGAUACUCAAUGAGUGGACUUAACUGGGACGAAACUGAAAUUGGGAGGAGAUUAGGUGGUCACGUAAAGGCUGUUUUUUCAAUAAUAACAGUUAUUUUUGUCACCUGUGUAGCUGUAACUUUAACUAGUUUUUCUGAAAUACCACUUUGGUUGCUAUCAAAAUCGCAAUCCAUGAUUUAUCUUAAAGAUCAAGAACCUUCUAAGCCAAAUUCGGAGACUUAUGGAACUUUUGAAGCCAAGGAACCGGAUUCUACAGAUCAGCAGGACAGCUCUGGAGCACCACCACAUGAUUCCAACGAAAUCAACGACAUUAUUGAAACAAGUUUUACAACAUCUUGUAAAGUAGAAAUGGCUAACAAAGUUGAUGGCUCUGUUCAAGAAAAAUCGGUGGAAAUAGAGUCUCUGCAUCAUUAUCUAUUAUCGAUUGUGAACAUGCCCUAUUCAUUGAGAAUGAUCUGCCUCACUAAUCUCUUUUGCUGGAUGGCUCAUGUUUGCUAUUCUUUGUAUUUUACCGAUUUUGUAGGGGAGGCAGUAUUUAAAGGGGACCCAAAUGCAAAGCAAGGCUCCGAGGGCCAAUUAAGAUACGAAGAGGGAGUUCGAUUUGGAUGUUUGGGAAUGGCAAUGUAUUCUCUUUCGUGCUCUUUUUAUUCACUUAUUAUUGACAAGCUAAUUGCUCGUUUUAGAGCUAAAUAUGUGUAUGUUGGAGGACUAAUAUUUUAUAGCAUUGGAAUGGCAUUCAUGGCACUAACUCGAGCUAAAUUAAGUGUCUUAUUAUUUAGUUGGACGGCAGGAGUUAUGUAUUCUACGCUUUUUACCAUGCCAUAUCUACUUGUUGCACACUACCAUCAUUUGUCUACAUUUGACUUAAAUGAAAAUGGUGAGACAAGGAGUGCAACUAGUGUGCGAGGAUUGGGCACUGACAUAGCUAUUAUAAGUAGUAUGGUUUUUCUGGCCCAAUUUAUUUUAUCGUUAUGUAUGGGUACCAUAAUAACAUCAUCUGGAACUACCACGUCUGUUAUUUGCACUGCUAGCUUUUUAAGUUUUUGUGGAGCUUUAUCUGCUACAAAAAUUAUGUACUUGGAAUUAUAAAGUGUUUACUUUAUUAUUAGAAGAUAAAAAUAUAUUAUUAAUUUAUUGGUGUUGGAGUAGACCACAUAUGUAAACAAUCGACUCUAAAUAAAAUAUCAGAGAAGGAUCAACUUCUUAUAUAAAGCACUGUAAA